UCUGUGAAUUAUCAUAAAACAGAUCAACUUUGUCAAAUGAACAAUUUGACAAGGAUGCAAUAUCCUGCUGAUUUCAUUACACACUACGGCAGUGUGUACUUUGAUGAUGAUGUAGACACAUCUCUCUUCUCUGUGCCUCAGUUCAGAGGUUGUGAUGAGGUCCUUCAAGCUGGUCAUAAUGUGGGUGGUAUCUACACGAUAUUUCCAGCUGGAUUCAAUAAUGGGCUACAGGUCUACUGUGACAUGGAGACUGAUGGAGGGGGAUGGAUCGUCAUUCAGAGGCGUCAAGAUGGCAGCGUUGACUUCUACCGCAACUGGACUGACUACCAGGUUGGCUUUGGCAGCUUGUCUGGUGAGUUCUGGCUUGGAAAUGACAACCUACGCAGCCUGACUGAGACUGAAGGUAAGUGGCAACUACGAAUUGACUUAGAGGACUGGGAGAAUAACACGACCUGGGCUGAAUAUGACGACUUUCAGAUUCAUGGAGAUAACUACAAACUCCAAGUCAACUCAUACAAUACCCACAGCACUGCAGGAGACUCACUCACAUACCACGAUGGAAUGAUGUUUUCAUCUAAAGACAAAGACAAUGACAUCUAUAGAAAUUCCUGUGCCAAAAUGCGCAGUGGUGCAUGGUGGUAUAAAAGUUGUUAUCGUUCUAAUUUGAAUGGAAGAUUUGGGCAAGGAACUGCUUGGAAUGGUAUAGUAUGGAAGUCUUGGAGAGGCCCGGGUUAUAAACUCAGAAGCUGUUCUUUGAAAAUAAAACUUUUGAUAAACCCAGACAAUUAA